AUGAGUUCUCAGAACAACAACACCACCACCCGCUUGAUCGGCGCCCCAAAUACCUUGGAGCAUCGAGUGUAUCUGGAGAACAAUGGGGCAGUGAUUUCAGCGUUCCACGACUUGCCGCUCUUUGCCAACGAGCAACACAACGUGUUUAACAUGAUCGUCGAGGUCCCCCGAUGGACGAACGCCAAGAUGGAAAUCUCCAAGAGCGAGCCUUUCAACCCGAUCUUGCAAGACGUCAAGAAGAAUAAGCUCCGAUUCGUCCGCAACUGUUUCCCCCACCAUGGGUACAUUUGGAAUUACGGCGCUUUCCCUCAGACUUGGGAAGAUCCAGCUCACACUCACCCUGAGACUAAAGCCAAGGGUGACAAUGACCCGCUCGACGUUUGUGAGAUUGGUGAAGCGGUCGGCUACGUUGGACAAGUCAAACAAGUCAAAGUACUCGGGGUGAUGGCCCUGCUUGACGAAGGCGAAACCGACUGGAAAAUAAUUGUGGUGGAUGUCAAUGAUCCAUUGGCUCCCAAGUUGAACGACAUCGAGGAUGUCGAAAGACAUCUCCCUGGCUUAAUUCGUGCAACCAACGAGUGGUUCCGGAUCUACAAGAUCCCUGAUGGAAAGCCCGAGAACCAGUUCGCCUUCUCUGGAGAAGCCAAGCACAAGAACUUUGCAACCGACGUGAUUUUGGAGUGCCAUGAGGCGUGGAAACGGUUGAUGAAAGACGGAUACUCUGGCAUUUCGCUGGCUAAUACGACCGUCGAGGGGUCCCAACACCGGGUCGGACAUGCCGAUGUGCCCUCCGACAGCCGCCAAGAUCCUGCCCCGAUCGACCCCAGCAUCUCCAAGUGGUUCUUCAUCUCUGGCCACUCGGUAUGA